AUAUUUUUAAGUCAAAAGGUCGAAGAUAGAGAAUAGUUUUAUACCAAUUCAAAUAAUUGAGGGACAUUUUAAGCCUUCUCCAAAGAAACAAUUUUGUCCUUAUUUACCAUCAGCUAAUCCAAACAAGCUCCCAAGUACUCUUUUCUCUCUCAAAAUGCUUAAAUUGACAAGGAAUUUCUAGUUAUCCAAAGCAUGAGAGAAAUGGUCAUAGGCACCAAAGCAAACGACUUAUACACAAAACUUGUCGAAACCUAUACUCAAAAUGGCGCUUUGCAAUUAGGCAAAGCAUUACAUGCACACUUAAUCAUCAAUGGAUUGGCUCAAAAAACCCAUUUUGCUUCAAAGCUUAUUGCUUUUUAUGCAGAAUGUAAACAUUUAUCCCAUGCACGUAAACUGUUCGAUAAAAUUCCCCAAUCAGAUAUUCGUCGCUGGAUUGUUCUCAUCGGGGCAUAUGCUCGUCGUGGGUUUUACGAGGAAGCAAUGAGUGUUUUCUAUGAAAUGCAAAGGGAAGGAAAGAACCCGAAUAAGUUUGUUCUUCCUAGUGUCCUAAAAGUGUGUGGACGGUUCAAUGAUUUUCGAACAGGGGAGGUACUGCACGGUGUGAUUCUGAAGAAUAAGUUUGAAUUUGAUUCGUAUGUGGUUAGUGCAUUGGUAGAUAUGUAUUCAAAGUGUGGUAGAGUUGAGAAGGCGAAAAGGGUGUUUUAUGGUACUGUGGAUAAAGAUUUGGUUGCGUUGAAUGCUUUGGUUUCGGGUUGUGUUCAACAAGGGAUCGUUAAAGAAGCAUUUGAUUUGGUUGAGGAAAUGAAAGUUCAAGGUAUGAAGCCUAAUGUGGUGACAUACAAUACUCUGAUUGCAGGGUUUUCGCAAGAAGAUGAUCGGGGUAUGGUUUGUAAAGUUGUUGAAUUGAUGCACGAUGAUGGACUUAAGCUAGAUGUAGUUUCUUGGACUAGUAUUGUUUCCGGGCUUGUGCAGAAUUUUCAUAACAAGGAAGCUUUUGAUACGUUUAAGCGAAUGGUGGAUGAUGGGAUGUGUCCAAGUUCAGCUACAAUCGGUAGCAUAUUGCCUGCUUGUGCAACUGUGGUAGAUUUGAUGCGUGGGAAGGAGAUACAUGGUUAUGCGAUAGUGAUGGGGUUCGAGAAGGAUGUAUAUGUAAAAAGUGCUCUCAUUGACAUGUAUGCAAAAUGUGGAUUUAUAUCUGAAGCAAAGCACUUGUUUUCUAAGACGCGUGACAGGAAUACAGUAACCUGGAACUCGAUGAUUUUUGGCUACGCGAAUCAUGGGUACUGCAGCGAAGCAAUUGAAUUAUUCAAUCAAAUGUUAAGAGAGGAAGAUAGGAAACCAGAUCACUUGACUUUCACAGCAGCUCUCACUGCUUGUAGUCAUGCUGGACUUGUGCAGUAUGGAGAAAGUUUGUUCAAACUGAUGCAGGAAAAGUAUGUGAUUAAGCCAAGAUUGGAGCAUUUCGCAUGUAUGGUGGAUCUUUUAGGGAGAGCAGGGAAACUCGAUGAGGCUUACAAUUUGAUUCAGAGCAUGUCAAUUGAACCAGAUUUAUUUGUUUGGGGAGCGUUAUUAGGAGCAUGUAGGCAGCACGGAAACAUGGAUAUAGCAGCGGUUGCAGCUGAAAAAUUGGCUAAACUUGAACCUGAGAGCGCUGGAAGUAGUGUGUUGCUAUCAAGUUUAUAUGCUGAUGCGAGUAAGUGGGUAAAUGUCGCGAAGGUAAAAAGGGUGAUCAAGAAGAAGAAACUGAAAAAGGUUCCUGGCUGUAGUUGGGUAGAAGUUACAUAAGUUUUCAGAUGACUUAGAGAAGCUGAAAAUCAGAUUAUGUUGCCAUGGGAAAUACCUGGUUUAAAUCGAAGUAAGAUACAAAAACUCAGCAAAUUUGGUAAACAGCUUAAAGAGGCAAAAGGUAUACCUGAAGCAAAUGUCAUCAUUCAAAUUUUGUUGCAUGCUGGUUCAAGACGUUGAGAGCACAUAGGUAGACCGUAUGCUCAGGGAUGAAGGCGCGCCUCAAGGGGGAGGUGUAGAGAAAUCCAAUGGUUGUUUUUGCUCCCUAGUCUCAACAACACAACCAAAUGGAAAAUGCACCAUUCAACAAAGAGGCAACCAGUUCUUUAUUGAACAAGGUCUAGAAUCAAGGUGAUCACAACCUAGUGUAUGCAAGAUUUGGGAGCUGAGUUGAGUCAUUACCAUACUGAGUACCAGCUCGGUUUCCAAGGACGCUACUAAGUGCUGGAAAUGAAACAGUUUGUCAAGGAAAUGAAAGAAGAUACAGAUAGGCAAAGCAUUAGAGAGUCACAUGCACUUUGGGUCCUCAAAGGCUUGUCCAGACAAAGAGCACGCCAAAGGAUACUCACUUGUGUCUCUCGGAUGAAAAGCUAGUAUUUUCAUGCUGCAUUCAGUUCGGUGCACUAAGCUCCUGCUAUGCACAGGGGUUCGGGUAAGGGCCAGACCACAAGUGUCUAUUGUACACAACUUUAUCUUGCAUUUCGCUAGAGGUCAUUUCCACUGCUCAAACUCGUGAGGAACAACUUUCUUUACCAGCUACAUCAAGGUUUUCCUUCCUCAACUUUAGGCCUAAAGCCUUGUAAAUAAAUUGCAUAAUACGUGUACUAGGAUUUGAGAAAUUAAUAUUAGUUUGUUCUAGGGGAAGAGGGACGGUAAAGUUAUUUACAUGAGUGGAAACCUGUGUUUUGGAUACAGGUUUUAACAGAAUGAAAUUAUUAAUCUAUAUGCUUUUUUAACAAAACACACACUCCCCACACUCUCAAAUAAUAUACUGUAAUUACUUAAAAUGCUACUACUACAUAUCUCAUCCAGUCACCAGAGUAUAGGGAAACAAGUUAAAAUGAGAUAAGAAAGUUCAGUGUUUCCGUGAAACAAUUUCCAACAAUAUUACUAAGAGCAUUUUACAGAAGGAACUUCUCAUAAGAAAUGACUUCCAUCAUAUCAAACACGCUUGAAUAGAAAAGGACAGCAAGAAGAUCACAACAUAAACGAGUAGAAAAUCGAUCAAACCAGUGAUUCCAAGAAGUUACAAAAAACAGGGCGUUUGAUCCUUGUG